GGGUUUUCAAGCCCUGCCAAAAAUUUGGCCAGCGACUCCUCCGUGCCGUGUUGACCUCGAAAUUGCAUCUGCCUUUACUGACCGGCGGCACCUCUUCGACAAUCAAGAGCGCUUGAUCCACAACCGUCACAAUGGCGAUCAAGCACAACCAGCAGAUUCCCAACAACCAUUUCCGCAAGGAUUGGCAGAGGCGCGUCAGGUGCCACUUCGACCAGGCUGGCAAGAAGGCUUCCCGCCGUGUCGCUCGCCAGGCCAAGGCUGCUGCUCUUGCCCCUCGCCCGGUUGACAAGCUCCGCCCCAUUGUCCGGUGCCCCACCAUCAAGUACAACCGCCGCACCCGCCUCGGCCGUGGUUUCUCCCUCGCUGAGCUCAAGGCUGCUGGUAUCCCCAAGCUCGUUGCUCCCACCAUCGGUAUCUCGGUUGACCCCCGCCGCGCCAACCUCUCCGAGGAGUCCCUUGCCGCCAAUGUCGAGCGCCUGAAGGCCUACAAGGCCCGCCUCGUCGUCUUCCCCCGCAAGUCCAACAAGCCCAAGAAGGCCGAUACCCCCAAGGACCAGCAGACCGGCGAGUUCAUCAAGAGCGUCGAGGCUGCUUUCGGCGUCGAGGCCCCCAUCGUCUCCGGUUUCAAGGAGAUCCCCAAGUCCGAGCUCCCCUCCAACAUCGAGGGUGGUGCUUUCCGCGCUCUCCGCAAGGCUCGCUCCGACGCCAAGCUCGUUGGUGUCCGCGAGAAGCGCGCCAAGGACAAGGCUGCUGCCGAGGCCGAGAAGAGCAAGUAAAUUGCUCGUCUUGGACGGGGUGGUUGAAGCGGCAUCUCUGUGGCGGUGUUUGGCUGGUCUGGUCUCGGUUAUGCUUUUCCUUGUCACCUGGGCGAGGACCACUAUGUUGGACAUCCUCGACCAAGGGCCGUGUAGUUCCGGGGGAUUUCACGUCACUUUUUAAAGCGGGACACGGUUCAAUUACUACACGCAUCAUAGGGAUUUGCUAGAGCAGCGCACAAUGAAUGGACAACGGAAAAAGCAUGAUUCUUGACCAACUUCAAAGGUCCUUCUUUCUGGG